AAGCUUGUAGAUUCAAAAGAAGCAAAGGUAAGAAGUAGAAAGUCGACGACUUCUGCUCGGCGAAAGAACAAAGUUUAAAUUUUGUUUCCGCGGCGAUUUUCAACAACUACAACAGAGCAUCUGCACGACCAGCUCCAGCAGAAAAUGAGCCUAUUGAAAAAGUUAUAUGCUCUGCCGGAGGCAGAAAAAGAAGCGCUCUUCAGCAGGUCCGGCUUGUAUCCGGACAGUCCCACUGCCGACGACCUCAAGUAUGUGGACAAUUCCGGAAGCGCGUCGAGGUCGACAAACGCUCCUGAGGUAUCGCUAUCGUUUGCAAAAUGUUGCUUUCGACAGCUUUGAGCCAGGUCGAGAUGUAGUGAUUUCCCUCGAUCGAUGCUGUCAUGCUUUCGUUGCCCUGCAGUUCUUGCACUUGCUGUUUUUCUCCUAUACAUACGCAUAUCUACAACUCGAAGAUAUAGUAGCUUGCAUUCAUGAUGCCACGGCAGGUGUGUUGGAACAGAAAAGUGAUGAAAAAAGCUAAGCGUCGUCAAGUGGUUCAAAGAGUUCGAGGAGUAGAAGUUUGCAUAUGGAUAGUGCUCGUCGUCGUCGACCAGCAACAAGGAGAAGGGUCGCCCUCUGCACGACAAAGUCGAGGACUUCAUCUUCGACGCCUUCAACGCCGGGGGUAUUGAUGGGAUGGAGCAUAAGCUCAUGGAUGAUGCCUUCGCGGCCAAGCACGAGCUCAAAAUUACGGUGUUGCUCUACGACCCGGAGGCGUUUCAAGAGAAAGAGUAUAAAGAGAUAGCUUCUGAAGAAUCUGACAGAAUUGCUCCUCGCAUCUUGAGGUCUAGAACUUCGUUUAGCUUCAUGAUCAUGAUCGACUAUGAAAUUAAGUGCAAAUGCAAGUCGGAUUGUCGAGGACUAGUGUCGGUGUAGUGUUUGGCUUCAACGAUAACAUUGCCUCAACAGGCACGAUGUCGGCGGCGGCGAUUCUAACAAGAUCAAGAACUCCUCGAUGAGGAUUGUGCCGACGACGGCGGAGCUGCAGGACGGCCGGUAUGUACUUAAGUAUGAUAGAUCCGUUUUCAUGUAAAUGAUUUUGAUUUUCGUGUCGUUUUGCCCUUUUUCUCUCAUCAUCUGCUGUUGUUCCUACAUCGCGGCCAUGCGAAUACGUGUUACACGUAUUCGAUACUGACAAAACAUAAUAUAAACAACAACAGUGUGGUGCACCGGAACAAUGGCUUCGACGCACCGGUAUUAAAGCUGCAGCAGCUGAACUCCUUUCGCUUCCAAUGGCGCCGCUAUUUUUGAGAUUCGUGAUGUUGAAAUUCAAAUUUGAAUUUGUUUUUAUUUGUUCCAUGAAAGAAGAUAUAUGAUUGUAGUUUAUUGUGUUUCACAUUUGGUUACUAGCCUUUAACAACAAGAACGAACGUAGCGUUUUUUAGAACAGUAUAUCAGUUGUACAAAAAAUGAUUCUCAAAUUAACGUACAAAUAGUAGCACUUUCCGUAAUCAUUCGGAUUCGCGUUCGCCUACCGUGACUAAGAAUCUUUCCAACUCAGUCUCUCUGACCAUGAUCGCACCAGGUACAGUCUACAACCCUAGAAGAAUAUACGUCACGAACAGCGAAGAUACAGGGAUGAUUAAGAUUAGUACGAUAGCAUGACGAUUUUCUCAAAAACUAGGUUUGAAUUUGUUAUUUUCGUAAAAAAUAGUCUAGCGACCUCAUGCUUUUUUGCAGCAUUCUGAUGCCGCCCUGACCACGUCCUGGUGGCGAUAUGUCUCCAUGUGCUGGAGGCGGGCUCGGCAGCUCAAUACAGUGCCUGAAUGUGUCGUGGCCUCGGCAGCUUUCGUGUUGAUAUCGGUCGCCGUAGCCGUUGCGUGGGGUUGUUAUUGCAAAAUCAUCUAAACGAGUUGGCUGUAAGAGUGAGAGACACCAGGCCCCCAGCAACCGGAGAGAUUCAGCUUCAAUGAAAUUCUAGUGCCACUUCCACAACAAAUGCGAACCACAACUAGUAGAAAACCCUUGACAUUGAUUACAGGGCUACUAUGGCGUUGACCUUGCGUAAGCGAUUUUUGGGUAGUGGCCUUGUUCUCCACUCAACAUUUACCAUUUUCUACGGUUUCAUACAUUUGGCGUCGUUACCAUACGUGGACGCGCAACCCCCCUCCAAUCUCAGCGGCCUCAACAUCUCGCUGCGGUCGGACUUAGCCAAAAGUGGCGUCAUCAUUCAAGACCGGAAAACCGACCACUCGGACGCGAGCAAUGCUAUGAAUGCCUUCCAUCCCUCCUGUCGUGUCUUCGAAGAGUGGGUCUGGGACAGGCUAACACCAGCUUCGACAGGCGGGGAAACAGAUACUAUCGAGCGCAAGUGCGUCCAGGGCCUGUUGGCACAUAGCGAAUUUGGAAUCUUUUCUGAUAAUGUGGCAGCGACCCCGUACAAGUACUCUUUGCUAGACUACAACCACACUGCGAGGACAGCCGGAGCUUCAUUCUCGUCGUCGGGCGCAACGGGGCAACAUGUGGGACAGCAUCCGACGAUUACGGGCGUUUAUCAGAAAAGUGAAAGUCCAGCGGCAACCCAACAGAGUAGAAAUAACCCACUGCCAUCCCAUCCGGACGACGACUUUCUGUUUUCGUGCCGCCGGUACCCUUUCUCCAUGGCUGAAGGUGCGGCGGCCCCAUUGGAUGCGACGGCGGCGGGAGGCGUCCCGUGGUACUGCCGCACUGGAGCAAGAGGGGAUUCGGGCGCAGGAGGUUUGUAUUCCGCGGAUGAUGGCCUCAUGACGACUUGGUGCGACGAGUUCUACUUAGAAACCUCGAUGGCAGAAAAAAUGACGAAUCUGACAACUAUUUCAUCUAGUACGUUGUCGUCGUCGUCAUCAAGUGGCAGUAGCUCCACAUGGGCCACCAGCACUCCAACCGCGCGAACCCGGAUCCCCGCCCGAGGCGCAGAUCUGAGCAUCGGCGGACUGCGGAUCGCGAACACCCCUCGGGCGCCGAUCGAGUUCUCGCAAGAAGAAUUUGCGCGGAUCUACUUCAGCGAGAAAGCUGUCAACGAAGUGUUUACUACCGACACGCUUCGCUCCUGGUUCCCAGAGUUGUGGGAGUGGCCGUCCAAGUUGCUGGAUUUGUUUGCGCAGAGACGCGUGAUCGCGGAGGGGGCUGGUGCAACGACGUCAAACGUCGUACACGAAUACAGCGUCCCCCGGGGCCCAACGGAGUUUCCGCUUAAUGACCUUUCAGCGCAGAAUGAUUGGCCGCAGCAAGCGCACUUCCGAGACCGUUUUCGCAGCCCGCUAGUGAAGCCACUCCAAAACACGUUCUAUGCUCGCCGCGGACGGAAAGUCCUGCGCAACGAGUGCGAGGUGAGACGCACAGCUUCCAUCCGCGAAAACUGUCGCUGGGUGCCCUUGUUGAAUAUCACAAAUGUAUCCGCAUUGAUAGCGGAGACCAUGAGUGACAUUUCUCUCGCAGGGAGAACAGAAACUGAAAAUGAUCCGAUGGAUCAGAGCGGCACAACAGCUGAAGAGAUUGCAAUCGUGCAGGAAAUUCUCUCCGACCCUGUGAAUGUCCGUGUUAUCGCCACGCCGCUGGAUGCUUUUCAACCCCAACACGGUGUAAGGUCCUCGAGAGUGCUCGAUGUGGUUUCCUUUCCGCUUGCUAUGGACUUGACGGACGAUGCGCGAGUGUUUAAGGAGCUUUUUGGAGACGCACUGAAACAGGCGGUCGUCUCUGAUGCGGAAUCCGGCAUGGUAGGCACUUCUCAAGGCUCCGCGGUUACAAGUGGUUCAUCUUCACCAGGCCUGACCUCGAAUAAUGUGGGACCUCAUUACGACUCAGCAACGCAGCGCAUCGUGCUCGAAGACUUGCGAAAAGUCAUGAACAGCUCAGGAGAGACAAACGCGUCGGGCUCUACUUCACAGGCAGCAUCAAAAGCAACAGUUUUUCAAUACUUGCUGAGACAGCAUCUGCACAAAGGCUUCGCUGUGAUGCUGACGAAUUACACAGAAACCAAGCACUGGCUCCACGAAAAUGUCACAGGGUCCGGUAGUAAUGUUGCAGGUUUUGGACAUCGGUACUUUUAUCUAGCCGACAAGCAGGUGGACGCGGCUAGAAGCAUAGUCGGCCCAGCGGCACCUCCUUCACCCGGUUCCUCUCCAUCCCUACAGCCAGGGGCCACAAGUACUAAUGGUGGAAUCACGAUUAAUCAAACUCGCCAGAUCACCUCAGCCUACGACUUCCCCUACCAGCAAGACUACCUUCCCUGGGCGUGGACUUGCUUGAAAUACGAGCCGGAUGGAGAUGGCAACGACACCCAUUGGGCGGUAAUUCUGGUAAUCGUGUUGGUGGUACUUUUUUGCUGUGUCUGUGCCUGCGUUGCCGCUGCCGCAGUGCUGUACGGUGCGGGGUACGCCGUGUGUGCUUGCUGCAACCCAAAUUUCAACAAGAAGCCCUUGACCACUCUGGGUCCGCAAUCGUACCAGAAAGAGAUGAUGUUGAACGGAGGGCCGAUGACGUACAAUAACCAAAUGCAACAUACGCAUGGAAACGCGAACCAGAACGCGGGUCUGUACCACGUUCAGUACGGAAUGUCGCAGGUUCCAGGUGGGCCACCGAGUCACAAUUUCGAAGGCGAGGACCCCGAUCCCGCCACAAAAUGGGGAGGCGAAGGCUUCGGGGGUCACGACCAAGGACCAGACCAAAAUCAUGUCAGUGCUACAUCAGGUACUGCUACGUCAAAUUCGAGUAAUCACUUACCCGCUGGCCCCAUCAUACUAUCUCCCUACAACCCAAAUACAAAUUAUCCCCCUCCGAAUUAUCCCUUGAAUUCUUACAAUAAUACUGGCGUGCCGAACGUAACGAUGGGAAGGCCAGCAGCGUAUUGAUUUCCUCAUGAAUUCAAGAAAGAAUGCUGCAGCAUACUGAGGAUGUCAUUGAGGUCCUCGAAAGAAAUCGCAACUUUAUCCAAGCAGGUUCGAUUAACCUGAUCAUGUGUGACUCUUUUUUUCUUCUUACGUGAAUACCUUCAUCUCCUCAAGCGUGCUCGUCGUUGUGAUUUGGCCAUCUUCUCGAAAUAAUCGUGGUCGUCGUGGUCGUUCGGUUUAUCGUGAUUAUCGCCAUCAAACACUGAUCACUCGAUUGCAUACUCACCGUCAGUAGAAAGUGUUACGUGUUUCUGGUCUAUAAUAUUUGAACUUCGACGCAGCUUCGUAAAUCGAAAUGCGCAAUCGAUUCGAUGUCGCGUCAAGUCGCGGUCGCCUUCAGAGUGAGUUUAUUCUGGACUCUGUGUAUUGAAUCGAAAUAAUACUGAACAACUGUUGCGUCGAAGUUUUCUUUGCUCGACGUGCGCCUGUCUUUGUUAGUGUUUGGAAAGCUUCGGGCAAGACAAUUUCUGACAUAUUGCGGUCACGUUGCAACAAGAAUGAGAGAGAACAAUAGUACGUAAACAAAAAUCUAAAACACGACUCGCGGUCACGAACAUGAAUUGCCCGAUUUGUUGGGAGCCUUAUGACGCACAUUAUCGGCGUCCGCUUCGGUGGCGUGCGUGCAGACACGGCGUUUGCGGAGUUUGCAGUGACGAGCUGUAUGACAACGAGUUCGACGUAAGAACCGAAUUUGCCUUCGCCAACGGCGCUGCUGCAGCCGCCGGCGGAGCUUUGCAACCAAACGACCGGAGACAAGGUCGUGGACCCCGCAUUCAUUCCUGCGCUCUUUGCCGAGCGAAUUCUUCACACCCGCCGGAGCUGAAUGUGCAGUUCGUUGCCUGUCUUUUUGACCACGUGUCAGCGUGGCCGCCCUACUGCCCGGUCUGCAGAUGCACCUUCACGAGUCGUGUAGGUGAGAGGCCGUUUGAGUGCGCGCUCGGGUGCGGUUGGGAACUUUGCGAGAGUUGCGUGGAGGAGGAGAGGCAGGCGAAUGACACGGAGGCCGGAUUUGGAUCUUCUGCUCGCACGACUACAACAGUUAGGGCAGAGGUGGACAACUGCAGUGGUACACACGAACAUCAUCGAGAGCGGCAGGUCAACACAGACGAAGGGUCGCCGUGUUCAUCCUACUGUACAGGCUGCCGCAGUCCGGUUCUGAACCGUCAGUUUGUUGAGUAUUUGGAAGAAAUCAAGACAUCAGACGGCGCACCGUCGACGGAGGUAGAAGAUGACCCUCCGCAGCAGAUGGACGACGGGAACGACUGCCACUGCCCUAGGACCCUCUGGGCACCGACUUCCAGAAGUACGCGCGCGGAGCGGAGGCGAGCUGCGCAUGGCCGUCGCGCUCUUCGCGACGGGAGGCGAUACCAACGCGAAUACCGUGAGCAACUGCAUCAACAUCAUCUGCGGCCUCCUUCACUUGCAGAGCGUCUGCACCGAAGCACCCACGGCCAAAUUAUCGGAAGCACGUCGUAUCUCACCUGGUACCACGAGAAUCGGUGGCGUCUGGAUGAAGAAACGCUGCAGAAAAUCGACAUUUUUUGCAACCAGAAGGAAGCGCAAACGUUGAAGCAAAUACGGAAUUGCAACAUCGACCUGCUUUUGUGGGCUUUUUUGAACACGUUUUGAGGAAGUUGAGAAAAAAGAAGCGGUUCUUCCAGGCACACAUAGCUGUACCCUUACGUGCAAUGAAGUGAGUAAAGCGCCGCUUCUCGAUGUAAGUAGGAUGAAAAAAUGAAGCAUCGAACUCUUUGCUGCAAUUGGAGCUUGUGCUUCAGCUUCCAGAACAGUGAAAAUAGAUUCCAGUCAGGCUCGGGACACGGAGCGUUUUUUG